AUGGAAGGAUUCUUUAGGAGAAUCUGGAGGGAUAAAGGUAUAGAUAAAAUUAGUCUUCUCACACCAGGGGUUUUUAUACUUAGAUUCAACUCGUUGGAAACUAGAGAUGGCAUUUUGCAUGGUGGAUAUCAGUUCUUUGAUAGGAAACCUCUUAUCAUGAAAAGAUGGGAUCCUAACUCCAAAUUCUCUAAGGAUUCAAUAUUGACAGUGCCGGUUUGGGCUCAACUGAGCAAUUUAGAGUUAAAAUACUGGGGGGAGCGAUCUAUGGCUAAGAUAGUGGGCACUAUUGGGAGCAACCUUGGCCAGACAGAGCAAUUUAGAGUUAAAAUACUGGGGGGAGCGAUCUGGAGGGAUGUGAAGCAAGACAGAGCAACCUUGGCCAGGGAGAAGUUGCAAUAUGCUAGGGUCUUGAUUGAAGUCAGUUUUACAAAAGAGCUCCCUAAUCAGAUCAAAUUUGAGGAUGAAAAUGGGGAAUACGUUUAUGUGGAAGUGCAUUAUGAAUGGAAACCUGAUGUUUGUAUGCAUUGUAGAGGGAUAGGGCAUCGACAGGAAUUGUGUAAAAAGAAAGGUCCCCAGGGUGCUUCUUCAAAAAUCUGGCAGGAAAAGAAGAAGGAAGAUCUAAAUUCAGAUUUGAGGCAGAGUGACAAGUUGGUGAUACCAGAUAAGGGUGAUCCUGUGAUAACUUCAGGGGUAGUGCAGCAGAAUAGAGGACAGCAGGGCAUAAUGGCUAAGAAUAAGGGGAUAACAGAGAGCAACUCCUUCUCGAUGCUUGGUCAAUUUUCAGAUACUGAAGUUCAGGCUGGGGUAGUGUUACAGGAAAUGAGGUCCAAUAUGAAUGGAGGGGGAGAACCUCCAUUCACAAAUGGAUAG